AUGGACUUGACCCUUUUUGCAGGUGCGGACAAAUUAAUUGAGUUCAUCAAGUCCAGCACGCUCAGGCACGAAAAAGAAGCAUUCAUGCACCAUCUCAAUCAAGGCACACAGGAGAUGCAAGGCCCAUCACAGAAAGCUUUGUUUCAAACUGCAGCAGGUAUAAAUGCUUGCAUCAACACUUUGCAACUACAGGCGAAAUCAGAAACAAUGACCGUAGACAUCACAUUCUAUGCUUACACACCAAUCACUGGUGCGGCAGCAAAAAAGCAGUUCAAGGCCAGUGACAUUGCCGACAAUGUGCUUGAUGAGGUUGUCACCUGGGCACAGGGAGUGUACGAGUCUAUCCCAUCAGCACCCAAAGUCAUGCCGGAAUUCACCUGGAAUUCUGUCACUUUCGCUGUCAAUGUUGAUGCCAAUACCCAUCAUUUGAUCGAGCCGUGUCUACUUGUAGGAUCACUCAGCAACCUUCAUACGAUCCUCAAAGCAGAGAAACGGCUUUUGAAGAAGGACAUUACAAAUGGAGUGCUUGGUCUACGGGUGUUCCUUUAUGAGAAAGUUCAGCCGGACAAUGACAAUGACAUAGAAUUUUUACCAAAUUCUGUUGUGCGAUCCCCGAGAAAGCGCACCAAAAAGCGAAAGGCUCUUGAUCAAGAUGACGACAGCGCAAUAUGCACAUCUGCAAUAUGGUUGUCAGCCCAUUUCGCAUCUGCUCAAAAUGGCACAUCACUGAACAAGAAACAUGCAUCAGCGCAUAGACCAUAUACAAGCACUUUUCACAGCAACAGAAAGACAUCCGACUCACUCCGCUUCAACCGCUAUCAGUUCACGCGGAUUGAAGCUUCUGUUUCGGCAGAUGGAGAGGUUAGACUGAUCUCGGACCCUCGCACUGAGACAAUCCUCAUAGCAAAGGACUGGCAGCAGUACAUAACAGGAGGUUUGCGAGAAGGAGGGUAUAUUGGAAAAGGAUAUUCGAAGUUUGCAUUUGAGGGGCGACUCAGACCAAUACCAGUUGCUAUCUUCCAAAUGAGGCCAAUUGGAGAUCCUAGCGACCAGGACUUAAAUCAACGGGAUAUGAUAGCUGAACUCCUUCUAUUGGCACUCAGGCAAUACUUCCUGGAUGCCUUCUACAGGCGUGCGAAGGCCUAUCAUGUCAAAGGCCUUCCUGAGCUCGAGUGGAACUCGGCAGGUACCUUCGUUGGUCAAGUGACAUCUGAGCUCCCUCCACCUCCGGCCUCCAUUGCUGACAAGGAUACGAGAAGUUUACUAUACAACAUGUUUCUCGCUGCGCCACUGCUUGAAACCAGGGACAUCGAGCCUGGGUACAAAGAAGUGAAGUACUCAGGCACUGACUGUGCCAGCCAGAACACAGAUAUACUCGGAGUGGCCGUUGAUGCAUUUGCGCAUCACACCCUUGUUGAUAGUCAGGGAACACUUGUUUUUGUUGAUUUACAAGGUCUCAUAAAGCCGAGUGGUAAAUUCGUUAUCUACAAUCCACAGAUUCAAAGGUAA